GGCCCAUUCAGUGCGCAAAAAAUGGCGAAGAAGGGAGGAGUCCAGCAGCUCCAGGCCGACCUCGCCUCGGAUGAGGAGUUCGAGAAGUUCCUGCAGCGAUCCGGAUUGCUGGUGCUCGAUAUAUACUCCGAAUGGUGCGGUCCCUGCCUCGGCAUGGUGGGCAGCCUGCGGAAGAUCAAGCUCGAGCUAGGAGGCGACAACCUGCAGCUGGCCAUCUGCAAGGCGGGCUCCAUAUCCUAUCUGAAGCGAUUCAACAAGAAGAGCGAGCCCACCUGGAUGUUCGUCACGAGCGGCAAGGCCAUCAACAUCAUGUUCGGCACGGAUGUGCCCAAGCUGGUGGCCAUGAUCACCCGAAUGCUGCAGUCGACGAUGGCCAAGGAAACGCAUCUGAGCUACGAGAUCACCGAGCUCCAGCCGAUCGAGCUGGAGCAGCUGGAGGUGCGCAACAAGGCGCUGCGCCUGGCCGAAGAGAUCGAGCUGGCGGAGAGCCGUCGGAAGCGUCUGGAGUACCUUCACAGCGUGACCGACUGCAUCAUGGCCAACCUGCCGGACAUCGGGAUCACGGUCUUCGGGCCGCAGGUUAAUCGCGACAUGUUCAAGAAGCUCUCGGAGCCGGCUGAUCCGCUCAAGAUUCAGUGCAAGGACCGCAAGGUCUUUCCCAUUCUGCCCAGCGACAUCGCCACCGUCAACUUCGCUGCGGAAAAUCCACUGGCUCCAGAGGUUAUCGAGCAGCUCUACGACAAGGAGCUGCUGAUGUGCUUCUGGAAGGUGGAGGAGGUGCUCGGCACGCCACCGACCGUGCUCCGCCAAUAUGCCCACGAGCUGACCAAGGAGACCAUCAAGCCGCCGGACGAGUUCAACGAGGAGGAGAUCACCGUGCCGCCCAUGAUUGUGCCGCUGGAGGUGACCGUGGAGAUAUCUGAGCCAGGUGAGACUGCUGUCAUCCUUGCUAACUUGACCUAUUUACGAAAUUGUUCUCUGUUCUCUGACGCAGUGCACCUGGCCGAGAUAAGGAGCGAAAAUGUAGCGGAGGGCGAUGAAGAGACGGAGACAGAGGCGGAGGCAGGGGCUGCACCAGAGGCAGUUCCUCCGGCCGAAACUGCUCCGGUUGCAGCUAAGAGAACCAAGACUAUUCGGAUACCGCCGAUUUGGGUGCCCAGUGACCAGCGCACCCAUGCAGCGCUCAUCUACACGUACUUCCGUGCCCAGACCUCGACUUUCCUUCCGCCGGAUCCCGUGCCGGAGCCACCGCACAUCGUGAUGAUCUUCGACGCCUACAAGAAGAAGGAUCUGGCCAUUCUGCUCGAGACGUGUCGCGAGGACAUUCCGCUCUACGGCUUCUUCAACGGCGACAAUCCGCUGACGGCGCAGUUCAUAGCCAACUCCGUGGAUAAGUACAAUGCCAAGCCGUACGUUCCUACCGACAAGAUUGUGCUGAAGGUGAACAAGCUGAGCAGUCCGACCAUUCCCACGCUGAUGGCCUACGGUCCCAGCCACGUCAGCGCCAACUCGGUGGUGGGCCACCAGGAGGCCACCCAGUUCUUUCCCGCCAACUACAAGUCUGCGCUGCAGGAGGAGGAGGAACUGCAUGCCGUCAAGGCGGAGAAGCCCAAGAAGCGCAAGAAGAAUAAGAAGGGAGGCGAUCCCGAGGAGAGCGGCAAGGCGGACGCCGGACCGGCGGAUGCCCAGAUGGAGGCGGAAGAAGCGGUGAAGACCUCGCCGGAGGAAGGCGCCUCCACCACGAGCAGUGGCGAGGACAGCUGCGAGAGUCGUCCUGCCACAGCCGAUGGCGCCAAUCCCGACGCUUCGCAGGCCACCUAAAUGCCCCCAGCUCCGUUAAAAAUUCAAAAGUACUAGUCCAUUUCGAAAUAUUAUGAUAUUGCACACAAAUAACCAGAUGUACUUACCAUUGACGACAAACUCAUAAAAAUGUUACAGCAAAUUAAUUAAUAUUGCAUAUACCAUUCAAAUUUUUUAAUUAAAAGGUAAGCUCUUAUCAAU